AUGGCCGAGACGCGGGAUUCGAGCGUUUCGCCGCGGACCUCUCCUCCGCCCGAAAAACAGGCCCAGACUUUUUCGCCAUUGCGCCAAGAGCAGCGCGCUCACGGCUCUGCCGACGAGGGGGUUCUUCACGCCGACGAUGCUAACAGGCCGGAAACUGCGGGCUCCGUGAAAUUCGAGCAGGGCGUCGCUGAGCCCAAGUCAGCAGCGGGCUUCCCCUUCCCCGCCGCAAACGGCACUUCUGGAGACGCCGCCGCCCAGAAUGCUACUGCCAAAGCCCCGCAUCCCCUCGAGCCGUCCCCGAGCUUUGGUCAGAUCGCUGACCCGACCGAUUUCAACUCGCACGGCCAACUAUCGAGAAAACCCACAAGUGAAGCCGGCACAUCAACGCCCGGCGGACGUCGCAGCGUGCAGUUCGCUCGCUCUCAAGCGCAGGAAGGAGCGGCUGGUGGACACUCGAGACAACACUCCCUGGAUGAUGAAGAGGAGCUGGAACGACAUGGCAGGGAUAAAGCCUCUCUUAUUGCCCGGCUCAGGGCCCUGAACCCGCUGCAGGGGCACAGCAGAAGUAUAAGUGGCUUCACCAUUGGCGAUGGGCCAAUUGGAUCGAUUGGUGAAUUCACACCAACCGGCCCCUUGUCUCCGGAAUCUGAGCGAUCGCAACCACGAUACAUUGCAGAAGAAGGAAGUGAAGGAGAGGCAGAUGACGAGAGCGCAGGAGAAGGCCCAGCGCGUCCUCCGCGUCAGAGAAGAAAGAUCCGCCGCCAAAAACAUGGAACGAGCACUGCUCCAGCUACCCCGAAGACUAUCAAUGAUCCCUCCUUCCCGCGAGAUUCGCCCUCCGAAAACCCCUUUGGAUUCAAGCCACCUUUUGCACGGCGAGGCACCAUGUCGGACAUCCCUGAAAAUCAAAGGAUGGGGUUGUCUGAGGAUGAAGGGCGGGACAUGCUUGCGAAAGAGAGCGCUUGGAGGAGAGGAAUGCACGCACGGCGGCGGCUCAGCUUCUCGAGUCGUAGGAUGGAGAUUACAGGAGAAGAAACUCCGGACGCUCGUCGACCGAGUAACUUCCGGCGUUUCACCAAUAUUGCUAACCGAUUCGAUGGCUCUGCCGAGUCUCCCUCAUGGAGACAGCGCGGUGAGCGCACCACUAGCAUCAGCGCACAAAAGUGGCGCCAGUUGAAGUCCGGCUUGAAGAUGCUUGGGAAGCAGCGGAAGGAGCAAAACAGAAUCGACCACGCAAAAUCCGCAGAGCUGGUUGCCGAACUCCUCGCGGGCGCCCCCGCAGCCCUCUUCCUGGCCAGUAUGUUCCAAAGAGACGAGCACGACAGACGUAGAGUGCCGAUUCUUAUGGAGCAACUCAAAGUCCAAAUCACCGACAGCCAAAAGAUCAGCGACAAAAACAACGACCGCCACGUCAACUUCAGGAUCGAGCUUGAAUACGGCAGUGGUAUGACCCGCAUGAAAUGGGUCGUUCAUCGGACUAUCCGUGAUUUUGGCAAUCUCCACCUCAAGUACAAGACUGCCACCGCCAAGGAAAAAUACGUACGAUUUAGGGGCGAGGAUACCAACAAGAGUCAACUUCCGCGGUUUCCCAGAAGCGCUCUACCCUACGUGCGUGGAAUGCGUGGUCUCUUGGAUGAUCAGGAGGAGGACGACGACGAGGAAGCGCCCGGGGCGAUUACAGAUGGUGAUGCAAGUGGAACUGACAGGCCUGGAAAGAACGGCAAGAGACGGCGAUCCUCAUUGAAGCAGCAUGCCGCAGGACGCAACUCAAGCGUUGGAAGCCCUGAACAGACACCCGGGAUCGUUGGUGAGAUGACGGCUCGCACCGGCAGCUUCUUUGGCCAAGUCCCUGGCGCUCCUGGAACCAACGCGCCACGCAAGGAUACGUAUCAGGACAAGCAACGAAAGAAGUUGGAGCAGUAUCUUCAGCAGCUGAUCACCUUCGUCAUUUUCCGGCCCGAUAGCAACCGACUCUGCAAAUUCCUGGAGCUCUCUGCAUUAGGCGUCCGCCUCGCACAAGAAGGCGGGUACCACGGAAAAGAGGGUUUCAUGAUGAUCCAGUCCAACAAGGCGGCCAAUCAGACGGGCUGGAACCCUCAUUGGUUCAAGCAACAAGCUCACAUGCCGAAAUGGUUCCUCGUGCGCCACAGCUACGUUUGCUGUGUUGAUUCGCCUGAAGAAAUGAACAUCUACGACGUCUUCCUCGUAGACAUGGAUUUCCGUAUCGACGAGAAGAAGGGUGCGCGCGAGAUGGCUAGCAAGGCGAAGACAUCUGCCGCUCACCCCAACGCACACAUGCUUCGUCUAGUCAACUCCGAGCGCAAGCUCAAAUUGCUGGCCAAGAACGAAAGGCAGAUGGGCCAAUUCCAGGAGUCCAUUAAGUUCAUGAUGUCGCAAACGGAAUGGUCAAAGUCGCAUCGUUUCGACAGCUUCGCGCCCGUAAGACACAAUGUCUGGGCCCAGUGGCUCGUGGAUGCGCGGGACUAUAUGUGGAACGUCUCUCGCGCUAUCAGCAUGGCCAGGGAUGUCAUCUACAUCCAUGAUUGGUGGCUCAGCCCUGAGCUUUACCUGCGUAGACCUCCUGCCAUCAGCCAGAAAUGGAGGCUAGAUCGUCUCUUGCAGCGCAAGGCUCAAGAGGGUGUCAAGAUCUUCGUGAUCAUGUACCGUAACAUCAACUCCGCCAUCCCGAUCGAUUCCGAAUACAGCAAGCUGUCGCUGCUCGAUCUUCAUCCCAACGUAUUUGUCCAGCGGUCUCCCCACCAAAUCAAGAAGAACCAAUUCUUCUGGGCUCAUCACGAAAAGAUCUGCAUUGUUGACCAUACGGUUGCUUUCUGUGGCGGUGUCGACCUGUGCUUUGGACGAUGGGAUACACCAAGCCAUGUUCUGAACGAUGACAAGUUGACAGGCUUUGAGCUGGAUAACGAUCUUCCGAAGGAUUCCGAACACUGCCAAAUGUGGCCCGGAAAGGACUACUCUAACCCUAGAGUGCACGACUUUUACGCUCUUGACAAGCCUUAUGAAGAAAUGUAUGACAGAGAAAAGGUUCCCCGCAUGCCGUGGCAUGAUAUUGGCAUGCAGAUAGUUGGCCAACCAGCUCGAGACUUGACAAGACAUUUCGUCCAGCGUUGGAACUAUCUCCGUCGGGGAAAGACUCCUACCCGCCCUACUCCUUACCUUCUCCCUCCACCGGAUUUCAACCAGGCCGACCUUCGGGCCCUUGGACUUGACGGCACCUGUGAGAUCCAGAUGCUUCGCUCUGCAUGCAAGUGGUCCCUUGGUACCCCCGAUCGGACUGAGCACAGCAUCAUGAAUGCGUAUGUCAAGAGUAUUCAAGCAAGUGACCACUUCGUCUACAUUGAGAACCAGUUCUAUAUCAGUUCUUGCCAGGUUGAGGGAACGAAGAUUCUCAACAAGAUCAACGAUGCGCUUGUGGAGCGUAUCAAGCGCGCUCAUAAGAACGGAGAGUCGUGGCGAGCUAUUCUCGUUAUUCCGCUGAUGCCAGGUUUCCAGAGUACUGUUGACAGCCAGGAUGGAACCAGCGUCCGUCUGAUCAUGCAGUGCCAGUACCGGAGUAUUUGCCGCGGCGAGACCUCUCUGUUCGGAAGACUUCGUGCCGCCGGCAUUGAACCCGAAGACUAUGUCCAGUUUUACUCUCUCCGGUCCUGGGGACGUAUUGGGCCGAAGAAGUCGCUCGUCACGGAGCAGCUAUACAUCCACGCCAAGUGCAUGAUUGUGGACGAUCGCAUUGUCAUCAUUGGAUCAGCUAACAUCAACGAGCGUUCCCUGCUUGGAUCUCGUGAUUCCGAAGUGGCAGCUAUCGUCAGAGAUACUGACAUGAUCCCUUCAUUCAUGGCGGGCAAGCCCUACAAGGUUUCCAAAUUCGCACAUACCUUGCGUGUCAGGCUCAUGCGUGAGCACCUUGGUAUUGACGUUGACGAACUGCUGGAGGAAGAGCAAUCUGAGGUAUACAGCAGCGAUGUUUCUAGACCCUCAAGUGCAGAGACCAACUCGACGAUUGAACAGCAGCUCAUCGACAACAAGAACCGCGCCGAGGAGGACUUGAUCAGAAAGGCCGAAGCGAUGAGCUACAACCACGAUGCCGUGGACAAUGCACUUCAGCCGAAUCCCGAAACUCCUGAUUUCACGACCGACCCCAAUGCUGAUGAAGACGCCGCGGCGGCUGCUCAAUUGAACCGAGACCGUGAUGUCCGCGGUGAAGGUGCCGACCACUUCCUGGAGGCUUCAGCUCGCGGCUACAGCCGCGGAAGAGAUUCGACCAUCGACAUCCAUGGUCAUGAGGUCCUAGUUACUCCGCAAGCACCUGAGGGAAAGAACACUCUUGAAGUUCCCAAGCAGGGCAGCCCGAAGAAGGGACGCAACCGCAGCAACACGGCCCGCUCUCAAGUGAGCCAAAUCAGUGAGGUGCUCCAGGAUCUUGGCAACGAGAAGAUGCCUCCUCCGUCACUACCUAGGAUGAACACCAGGGAACUCGGGCUCACGCAGCUCAGCCAGCUUCCUGCUCUGCCCGCUGUGGACGAUACUGAUAUCGGUGGCCCGCCCUUGCUGAGAACGACUUCGGCCACUGCCAACACGCUCAUUAGCGCACUUGUCUCCAACAUGAAGCGUCCGCUCGUCACCGAAGACUGCAUGCUCGACCCUAUCAAUGACGCCUUUUUCCUGGACACUUGGCACACUGUCGCAGAAAACAACACCAAAAUCUACCGCCAGGUGUUCCGCUGCAUGCCCGAUAACGAGGUACGCACAUGGAAGGAGUACCGCGAGUAUGCGGCAUUCGGAGAACGCUUUGCCAAGUCUCAGGGUCAGGGUAAGAGCGAGACACGUAUGGCCCAAGAGACCCCAGGAAAGACUGGCCCUCCCGGUACUGGAACUACUCUUGCAGACGGUGCUGGAAAGGCCUUCGACGAGAAGCUUGCUCCUGGCAACUCCAGAGAUAGCCACCCAUCUGGUAACGUGGAGCAGUGGGCGGAGGACCAGGAAAGGCGUGAUCACAGCAAGCCCUCGACAGCAACUUCAAACGCCAACGGCAGCGCUGGGUCAGGGGCCGACUUUAGCGAAAAGCCCAACGGUAUGCUCACCACUCCAAUGAGCCCGAUGCAUUACGGCAACGAGUCUUUUGUCUCGUCAGACGCGCCGCCGUCGCGUGGCGCAAACGACGACAACAACGGCAGGUCACGCACCAUUACGAUCACCACUCCUACCGGUCCAUCUGGUAGCACCGGCAAUCUCAACGUUACGGAAACCAAUACCAGUCUCAAGCCAGCAGGCAGCCAGCGUCGCCGCAAGCGGGCGGCCACACGUGGCAGCAUCAAGGCAUUCCAAGCUGAUGACGACACCGCUCUGCUGGGCAAGCAAGAUGCAGAGGAACUCCUGGGUCUGGUUCAAGGACACCUCGUUCAGUGGCCGUACGACUGGCUCGAGAAAGAAGAAGCAGGUGGUGGCUGGCUAUACCCUGUCGAUCAGAUUGCACCCCUGGAGAUCUAUGCUUAA